GAUUCUGGAGAUAAAGCCAGCCCUUUCCUGAACAUCUACUGCGAUUACGAACCAGGCUCAGAAUAUAACCUGGACUCCAUCGCCCAGAGCUGCUUGAACUUGGAGCUCCAGUUUACCCCAUUCCAGCUCUACCACGCGGAAGUCCAGGUUGCUGGCCAGCCGGAGACGGUCUUCUUGCUGAGCGGGAACGAUCCCGCGAUCCACCUGUACAAAGAGAACGAAGAGCUGCACCAGUUCGAGGAGCAGCCGGUGGAGGAUCUCUUUCCCGAACUCAAAGAGCUUCCGAGCAACGUACUGUGGUUGGACGUGUUCAACAUUCCGGACUCGGGGCAACGCCUCACGGCCUUUGGCUGCCAGAGUGGCUACAUCCAAGUGGCCCACGUCGAUCCGGCCAGCAGAGAGGUGCUGCAGAGCUGGAGCCUCCUGCAGGAUGGGCCCAUCUCCAGAGUCCUGGUGUUCGCCUUGCCGGCUCCCGGCUGCACGGACAACCCCGCGGGGACCACGACGACGAAUGGUUCCGCCAGCAACUGCCACCCCAGCUACAGCAUCCUGGUCACCAGCACUAUCGAGCUCUCCGUCGUCUACAGGAACAUCCUGCAGAACGGCCUGGAGGAGCAGCUGGUCCUGCCGGCGAGUGACCAGCAUGACAGCGUCAUCUGCGCCCUGGUGACAGACGUCGACUUCGACCGCGAACCCGAGAUCCUGCUGGGGACCUACGGGCAGGAACUGCUGUGCUACAAGUACGUCCUGCCCGAUGGGGAGUUCCGCCUCCUUUGGCAACGCGCCUUCCCCAGCCCCCUGCUGUCCAUGGAGUACGUCGACCUGACCUGCGACGGACUCUGCGAGCUGGCCGUGGUGUGCCUGAAGGGGCUGCACAUCCUGCAGCACAGCCUGACGCAGACAGCGCAGUGCCUUCUGGAGCGGCUCCGGGUGAAAGCGGCCAGCCUAGCGGCCCAGCGUGACCUACAGGCCCCGGAUCCCAAGGGUCAGGACGUUGACGGGAAGGAGCGUCCCAAGGAGUGAGGGGCUCGGCGGGCCCGGCCUGCGUGUGCAUUCCAAGACUGUGUUUUCGCUUUGGUUGUACGAACCGACAAAAAAAUCUGCAUAGUGGUGGCUCUCCAAGGGAACCUUCUGAUCUGAUGGUCCGGGGGGGGGGGAACGUGAGGAGGGGGCAGACUUGGUGCCCCUCAGGGCCUUUCUAGGCUGAGUCUUGAACCGCAAGAGAAGCCAGGCAGGAAGUGAUACCUCUGGGACACAGGAAGCAAACCUGGAGUCACGGUGCUUCCUAGGAACUCUCGUUCUUUCUUGCCGAGGAGGUUGGCCGGAGCGAGGCCUCACCAAGAAAUCUGCAAAUGCGGGGCGUAGAUCGGUAAUUAAAAGCA